UUCAUUUGAAAGAAAGAAAAAAACUUUUAGAUAUAUUUAUGAAAUUUAAAUGUAUGAAAAUUAAUUAACAUUCUUGGUUUAGAGUUUAGGGUAUUCUUGGUGCUUACCAAAAAGAAAAUUAACAUUCUUGGUUCUUGCCACUUUUUCACGAAAAGAAGCAAAAGUGCAUAUAGCUAAAUGAAAUGAAAAGCAAGUUAUGUGUAGAAGCGAUGCUGCUGGUAUAUUUUGCAGCUAAGAAAGGCAUACCAAUUGAAACAAAAUAGAAUUAAGGAAUGUCUGGACUCUGGAGUAGUGUUAUUAUAACAGUGUAUUUUUUAAACCAAUCAAAUGUGUUGAAUCCACUAAUAAAGUUAAAUGAAAAAACUAAUUUUUCUCACUUCUUUAAAAUUUAAUUCGCUGGAUAUAUAAAAAUAGUUUACAUGUAAGUUCAUUUUCUAUUAAAAAAAGUGGACAUCACUAUGUAAUACAUUUUUAAAUGUUUUUUAAGAUAAUAAUUUUCAUGACAAUGUAAUUUUUUUUAUAGGAUUUAAUUUAUAUUCACUAAUAAUGUAAAUAGAUUUACACAUACAUCAAAUCACAAGCAACAUGUUGGUUAUGGUUGCUUAAUACGUAGCGCUUAUGCAAACUUGUUGGGUGGUUUCUCCGCAGGAUUGUGUGUUCAUCUGCUGAGCAUUUAGCCUUCAGGCAUGUCCUUUGUUUAGCCUGGAAGUUGGGUUAUCGACAUGUCAUUUGUAAGAGCGACUCAAGAGAUGCUAUUAGGUUGUUGGGCUCCUACUUUGACAUAUGAUAUAAUAGCUGUGGAACUUGGAAGAAGAAGAAGAAGAAGCCGCCUCCACAAAAGGUAUCAGCUCCUUUGGUGCAAUGGGAGUCUUUGACUUUGAGAGCUCCACCCUCUCCCUUUGGACCAAAAUGCAUCUAAGCAGUGUGAGGGAGACAGCUUCUUUAACCUUAGGUGCAGUGAGUGUCUUUGUUUGGGUUGUUGCUGAGAUACCUCAAAUAAUCACAAACUACAGAACAAAAUCAGCUGAAGGUCUCUCUGUCAUUUUCUUGAUCACAUGGAUAAUUGGAGAUCUAUUCAACCUCUUUGGAUGCUUGCUGGAACCUGCAACUAUUCCAACUCAAUUAUAUACGGCAGUGCUGUAUACAGUUAUAACCGUUGCACUUGGUUCACAACACAUUUACUAUGGUUACGUAUAUCCUCAAUUAAAAUACAAGAGACAGCUCGAGGCUGAGACACUGACAAAAGUUGAACAAGUGGAAAAAGUCAGGGAUGCUGAACAGAGUAAAGAGUUUGAUUAUUUCAAUAGAGGCACAGGUCGGAGUUCUCCUAUUUCUCUUCCAGCACCCCCUCAAAGAAUAUCUACCGGAAGAGAAUUAUUCUACCAGUCAGCAAGAUAUCUAUCCAGGAGUCAUACUCCAACAGCAGGAUCCAUCUUAGCCCAAAGAAUGGCACCUAGUUCUCUUAAUUUAGAUUCUAUACAUGAGAACUUGCUUGGUUCAGCUGCUGCCACACAAUCUGCACCAGCUUUGAAGAUUAAAACUACUUUUUGUAUUGUGUCAGCAUUAACUUUUCUUGGUGCCAUCAAUCUGCAUCAAUCCCUGGAUAAAAGAAUUAAUCCCAUGUUCUCAAACCCAAGACAACAAUUUGUGAUUUAUGUUGGACGAAAGCUUUUUCAGGUUAGUUGGGAUCGGUUGUCAGAAAAUGGCGAGUCAGGAAACAAUAGCAUUGGGACCUUCCUCGGUUGGGCAAUGACAUUUAUGUAUAUGGGUGGAAGACUACCUCAAAUUCUUUUAAAUAUCAGAAGGGGGCAUGUUCAGGGCCUCAGUCCUUUCAUGUUUCUAUUUGCUUUAAUUGGGAAUGCUACUUAUGUAGCAAGCAUACUUGUUAUCAGCUUGGAUUGGUCAAGAAUCGGACCAAAUCUUCCAUGGCUGGUAGAUGCAGGAGGAUGCGUUCUUCUUGAUUCUUUUAUUUUAAUGCAGUUUAUAUACUUCCGCUGUUGGACCUCCUCACUCCUAUAGAUUAAAUAUACCAUCACACGGCUACUUAUUGAGGAAGAAACAAGGAUUAUCAGAUCUUUAUCACAGCAAGAUUAUUUCAUAAAGCUGACAUGGAUGUUGAUAGCAAUCUUUUAAUCUCCACCAAUUUGACCUACACAUGUGAGCAUGAAGCUGAAUUGGUGAAUGGUGAUAACUGAUUAAUUGUUGCAAUAAUCGGCCUAGUGACUAGAAAAAGGAAGUGAUUCUGAUCAAUUUUGUUCUUGAGGUUGUUGCUUCCAUUUUGCAUUCCUCCUAACUUUGCUAUUUGUUUACCUUGAGAAUUUUGGCCAGAUAUUAUAAGAAUCAAUUCAUUUUUACUUGUAGAUGCCCUUUAUGAAGACAUUACUUGAGUUGCCUUCAACUUUCAACCAGCACUCAUGUUUUGUUGACCUAAAUCUAUUGACAACUAAUGGAAAAUUGUGCAAUAUGCUGCGAUUUAUGAA